GCAGGCGGCCCCGCCGCGUCGUCCGCGACGCGGCGCGCCGGCGGUGCAGUGUGCUCGGCAGCCGGCGCUGUGCUCCUGGUCCCACCGCGACACCGGCUCUCCGGGCCCCGCCGAACUCUCAGCGCCAUGGCCGACAAGAAGAACGAGGACUUGCACCACAGAGACAUGGAGAGCGUGUCGCUGCUGGGCACCUACGGCAUCCUGGUGGCCUUCCUCAUCUUCCUCUACGCCGUCUACAACAUCAUCUACUGACCGCCGGCGCCUGGCGGCCAUUCCGAGUGGAUGAUCCGAACGCGAGUCAUGAGUGUCGAGCGAAUGUUUCUGAGUGAGCGAGGCUGAGAGGGAGAGAGCGGGAGUGAGUGUGGAGAGAGCGCGGGAGGGGGGCGCGCCAUGGAUACGCUGAGCCGCAGCUGGGGCCGGCCGUGCCGCACGUGCGGCCAGCACCACGCGCGCCACGAGCCGCACGUGUACGACUACGUGGACGAGGUGGACGAGGACCUGACGUGCCACAUCUGCCUGCAGCCGCUCGUCGGAUCUCUGGACACGCCGUGUGGCCACACGUUCUGCGGCGCGUGCCUGGUGCCGUACCUGAACUCACACCAGAACUGUCCCAUCUGCCGGGCGGCGCUCACAACACAGGCCUGCCGAAACUCGCCGCUGGUCCUGCAAAAAAUUCUGGAGAAACUGCUCAUCAAGUGCCCUAACGCUGACGUCUGUAAGGAGACGGCCCACCCCCGGGGUGAUCUGGAGGACCAUCUCAGGAACCGGUGUCAGGCCAACUUUAUCGCCUGUCGGUACGCGGCGCACGGGUGUCAGGUGCGGGGGCCGCAGAAGGCCGUCCACAAACACCAGGCCGACUGCGAGUGCAGGAACAAUGGUAUCACACGGCUUCCGAUCAUCGAGGGAGAGAUCAGUCACAUAGAGAUCCCGCGCACUGCCACCAACCUGGGAAUGACGAUCGUCGGGGGAGCCGACACACCGCUGCGCUGUGUGGUGAUCCAAGAGGUGUUCAACGACAGCCUGGUGGCGCAGGACGGCCGACUCCAGGCCGGCGAUCAGAUCGUGGAGGUCAACGGCGUCGACAUGACCAACGCCUCACACAAAAUGAUCUGCCAGGCGCUGAAGGUGCAGACUCCGGUGCUGCAGCUGGGUGUAUACCGGGAGAAGAUUGACCCGCCGCCUCCAUCAGACGACCCGGAGCUUCACACGGUCACCCUGGAGAAGAUGCCCGGUCAGACGCUCGGCAUCAAGCUCGUAUCUCGCCGCUGCGGCUCGGCCGGUGACGGGGUGUACGUGGCUGAGGUGAUCAGCGGCUCGGCGGCCUCUCAGGACAGUCGACUGCGGCGGGACGACCGCAUCCUCUACAUCAACGGCAGGGACGUGCGGCACGGCCGGCUCCAGCUCGCCUGCGAACUCAUACAGAGCAACUCCACCGUCAGUCUGGUGGUGUCGCGGCCCUCACCGGCGCGCGGCCCGUCCGACGACGUGCCCGACGGCCUGUUCCGGCGCGCCGGGCCCGGCCUGGCCGUCUCGCACGCGCGCACCAAGUCUGCCCCGGAGCGGCUGUCGCAGAGCGGCGGCGGCUCGGUGGCGGUGCCGGCGGCGCCUGACGAGCCGUCUGGGACAGACGAACCAGACCGGGCGGCCAUCUCUCGGCAGGCGCGCGGCGAGAGCAUGGACCACCUGUCGGCGCCGGACCCGCCGUCCGUGGCGCCGCCGCCGCUGCCCGCCAAACCGGGCGACCCCCGCCGGCGCAGCAAGGAGGCGCGACGCAGCCUGCGCAUCGAGGGAGAUGUGCUCCAGCAGAAAACCGUCACCAUUGCCAAGGUGGCCAAGGAGAGCCUGGGCCUGCGGAUCGGCGGCGGCAUCCACUGCAUUGAGGGCGACACGCCCAUCUACAUCGCCAAUAUCAACCACCAGGGACCGGUCGGCAAAUCAAAACAGAUUAAGAAGGGGGACAUCCUGCUAUCGGUGAACGGUCGCAGUCUGGUCGGUCUGACGCACGCGCAGGCGGUGGCCGCGCUCAAAUCCACUGCCGAGCUUCCCGGCGUGACGCUCAGCGUGCUGGAGGGACCCGAGACGUCGCGGGGACCGGCCAAAUUCAUCCCCAGCUGGACCUAUUGGCAGACCCUGCCCAGGUGCCUGUGCUACCCGCGCGGUAUAGAUCUCUCGCGCAGCGCCACGGGCUCGCUCGGCUUCAGUAUUGUCGGCGGCUGCGACGGCGGCACGCGGGACCCCAUCCACGUGCUGUUCGUCGUCCAGAACUCCCCGGCCGCCGUAGAAGGGAAGCUGCGCUGCGGUGACCGUCUACUGGCGGUGGACGGCCACACGCUGGAGGGAGUCCGGCACGCCGAGGCAGUCAGCCUCCUGAAGCAGGCACGCAAUAAGGUCAAACUGCAGAUCGUCUCCUGGAUGGGCACAGAGGUGUGAGGUCGCGCACUGCCCGAAUCUCUUCCCCCUGGCGCCUGACUCGCCGGGCCUGUGUUGUGACGCUGGUUAGUGAAUCUUACAUACGGUACUUUCAUAUCUUGGAUCUACUUUCGUACGGUGAACCGGCUUAUUGGCGUAUGUUCACUAUUUUAAUGAUGUGGUUUCAACAUAUCUCUCAGCUGUUGGAUUGAUUGCGGCUGUUCUUUCGCCGAUGAUGGUGCGAAGUGUGUGAUGGUUGUAGCGGUGUGAUUGCCGCCGUGUGCGGGCAGCUAGGGGCGCCCGUUGUGUGGGUGCAGUGUGCGGCCGGUCGGACGGCUACGCUCGGGGUAUCCAUGGCGCGGGUGGACUGUGUGCCGCGAGGGCUGGCUGCGGCUGUGUGGGGCGAACGUGUGGUCUCUCGGGGGGUGCCGCGAGGUCGGCGCCGCGCGCGGACGGGCUGGUGGCCCGCCCGCUCAGUGAUGCGUGGUGUGGGUGGUUUUCUGGCGCUGCUCUGGCCAAUGUAGACGGUCGCCCGGAUGCCUCGAAUAAACAUGCUCAUUACUCGGAUA